AUGGUACUACAAUUAGCUGAUCAUUCUUGCAAGUAUCCUAUGGGUAUUAUAGAGGAUGUGCCGGUAGAAGUUGGUGGGAUCAUAAUUCCCACAGAUUUUAUGGUACUCGACAUGGUAGAGGACCCGAAGAUUCCAAUCAUAUUAGGAAGACCUUUCCUUGCAAUAGCUGGAGCGAUAAUUGAUGUCAAAAAUCAUAAAUUGUCAUUGGUAAUUGGUAAAGAAAGGUUGGAGUAUGAUUUAUCAAAUUCUUAUAGCCAUGUCUCUUAUUUGUUAGCAAGUGUUUGCAGUGAUGAGGACACUUACAAAUUAGAGGAUUGGAAUUUCCAUCCUCACAGGAGCCCACCAGAUGAGGAACAUGAUUCGGCAAGUGAUGUUGGUAGAAGGCCUCCCAAUAAAAAUGAAAAAGACAUUGAGCCCCACCUUGAGCCCUCGUCAUCUGAACACCCGCAGCCUUCCGUACACCCGGAACCUGCUAGGCACUCUUUUGCCUAUGAUUCACUUCAUAAGAAGCAGGAGGCCCAAUGA